UUUCUUUCUUCUCCCAUCAGGCCCAACACUCCGUUUCAACCCCUUCCACUUUUGCUAUAAUCUCCCCUGAUGAUGGAAUUCCCGUUGCUACUCCAUUGCUUGAUGCCAGAUUUCACCUGGACAGUCCACACCUCACACACACAGUGACCGACCAAAUACCCGUAACCCCACGCACGACUCAUCCACAGGUACGCCGACUAUGGGGCAUCAGUCACAAGUACCUGAGACGGUUCUACCGAUCAUACUGCAGCUGGGUAGGGACCACCUACGACAACCAGAUCGCCCAGCUUCCAUUCGGACGGAUCCUGAAAUGGUCUGACGGCACGCGGUUGGAAGAAGUCCUGACGAUGGAGGUCGCCAGAAGGGCAGGUCUCCCCGUUCCGAGAGUGAUCUGCUACGGAGAACAUGCGGAUAGUCCGCAUGCUCCCGUAUCGAUCCCGAUGACGCGUAUUCCCGGCGAUGAACUUGGUCGAGUAUACGAAGCGCUCAGCGACGCUGAACGGGAUACCAUCCAGAUGCAGUUAAAGGGCUACUUGGAGGUGAUGCGGAGAUGGGAACAUCCGUGGGACGGGAGCAGGGUUUGUUCUCUGGUGGGCACGGCUGUCCGGAGUGUCCGCGUGCCUAAUGAUCAUCUCACUGGGCCGUUCGAGUCGGAGCAAGAGCUCAACGAGAACCUUCUGAAGCCCGCUUGGGCAGGCGGCUUCCCGUCUGAAGCAGAGUACAACGAUGCGCUUGCUCGGGCCAGGAAGAUGGGGUCCAUGGCUCAUCGUGUUGUUUUCACGCACGGCGACCUUAAACACCAUAAUAUCCUCGUGCAGAACGGACGGAUCACGGGGUUUCUGGACUGGGAGUCUGCGGGCUGGUACCCUGAGUAUUGGGAGUUUACCACGGCGCUUGGGUUCACGAUGGAAGAUUUCUGGUGGUAUAACUUUGUGAUAGGGCUUGGGGGCGGCCGAUACAUGGCGGAACUAGAUUGUGAGCGCGCGUUGGCUUCUUUGACAGGCUCUUCGUAUUACUGGUAGUAUGUCAGGUUAUCUCCCCCUACUAACUGAGAUAAGCUCCGGGUAUGCGUAGGUUUUUUUCAGUGAGCAAAAAGCAAAAAGCAAAAUUGACACGUGAGCACUGUGAGCACCGAAGCAGAAAGGUUUAUGAAAAUGUUGAAGCUGUGGUG